AUGGCUUCGUCUUCUUCUUCUUCGUUCGUGGCCUCUGUUCAUGCAGUAGAAGAAGCCUUUUUACGUAAAGAAUGGACACUAGCACUCAAGGAUAGUCGUCGGCUCCUUGUUGCGCGAAUUGCGCAGCGCCGACAAGCGUCCCGGGAGAUACCGGUAAUGACGGCGGAAGAAGAACGAGUGCUGUCCGUGUAUCUCCAGCUGCUCUUUGAACAGAAUUUGGACGAUGAAGUGGAUACGGCAGCAAGUGUGAUGGAAUCUUUUGCACCUCUGGAAAGCAGAGUCUCGAUUCAAUGGAUUAAGUUCCUGCUGGCGAUGGACCGUCGACUGAUGGCCAAGCAGGCGCUACGAGACUUCAUGAAGUCUUCAACUGUAGUCGAGAGAAUCGGUUUUUGUAACGAAGAAUACGCCACAGCUGCUGAGAUCAUGGUCUUGCAGUUAGUAUUGCCUGAUGAAGGAGUUGAAGCUGCACAACAGUUCGUGCAGGAUCAGAUUGAGCUGGACGAAGAGACAAAGUUGCAACUACUUGGCCGCAUUCAGUUGGCAUACUUGGCGGCUCAGAAUGCCAACAAGAAGGCUAUGCAGUCUUCAUCACAGGUGCUACCGACAGCGAGAGAGAUGAACGGUGAGCUGAUGGCGACUGAUGCGGCAUAUCCGUUUCUGUCGCCCGCAUCUACUCGCACGCAACGGACUGCUAUCAAGAACGAUGACGACAUUAGUUGGUACGUAGUGAUGGGCGGUACAGCCAUCGCGCUAGCUGUCGUAGCAGUGGGUGUAUUGCGGUACCGCGAGAAAAUACGUGAGUGUCUUCUCGACGCUGCACCAGCCAUAAAAAAGGGCGUUGCAGAUUCAAAGGGUGCGCUGUUUGACGCGUAA